AUGAGCGCGCGGAGUCCCCCGCCGCCGCGGGCUUGGCUGCUGGCGCUGCUGCUGCUGCUGGCGACGCGCCCCGACGGUCGCGGGGCGCAGCGGGCGCCGGCUUGGAGGCAGCAGAUCCGCUGGGAGAACCGGGGCCGCCACUACAGCCUCUUCAACAGCGCCGCCCAGUUCUUGCCGCCCCGGCGCGCCGCCGCCGCCGCCGCCCAGACGCUCUACCUGAGCGCCGACGGGGCGGCCGCGGGAAGGGGCGCGGGGAGCGCGGGGGAGGGGUCGGGUGCGGGUGCGGGGACGGCUGCACCGCGGAGCGGGCCGGGCAUCUGGGCAGCCGGCGGGGCUGAGUCCGGCGGUCCGCUGCUCGACGGGGCGGCCGCCUCGCCUCGCCCGCGCCCUGCAGGAGUGGCGGCCCGGCGGCCCGGCGGCCCGGCGCGGGGGGAUCCCCGGGCGCCCUUGCUCUCCCCCAACAGCAUCUUCGACCGCCCCGCCGCCCGGCCCGGCGCAACGCAGGAGAGGCCGGGCUACGGGACCCGCCGCUUCCCCCACGGCCUGCCUGACCUGAUCCCUGAUCCGUAUUUCCUACAAGCAUCCACCUACAUCCAGAAAGUCCAAAUGUAUGCCUUGGAAUGUGCCGCUGAAGAAAACUGCCUUGCGAGAUCUGCCUACCAGCCGGGGGUGAGUAAAAUCAGCUCCCGGGUCCUGCUUCGUUUCCCCCAAAGAGUGAAGAACCAAGGGAUGGCAGACUUUCUGCCCGUGAAGCCACGGCACGAAUGGGAGUGGCACAGCUGUCACCAGCACUUUCAUAGCAUGGAGGCGUUCAGCAACUAUGACCUUCUGGAUGCUGUCUCCCACAAGAAGGUGGCCGAGGGACACAAAGCCAGUUUCUGCCUGGAGGACACCACCUGCGAUGCGGGUGUCCGCCGCCGCUAUGCCUGCACGGCUCAUCUUCAGGGUCUGAGCCCUGGCUGCUACGACACGUACCAUGCCAAUAUUGACUGCCAGUGGAUUGACAUUACAGACGUCCCUCCCGGAGAAUAUAUCCUCAAGGUGACCGUCAACCCAGAUUUCCUGGUGGCCGAGUCGGACUUCACAAACAAUGCCGUCCAGUGUGACAUUGUGUACACGGGGAUGUAUGUCAACACGCAGAACUGCAGAAUUACAAGUGCCUCGGUCCCGAGACAUCCCCCUCGACCCCAAGUCUCUCCUGGAGGAGAGGAGGAGGGAAUGGAGACCGAGGAGUUGCCUGGCCUGACUCUGUGCCCACUUUCUGGGGUGCAGAACUGA